CUUCAACUGUAAGACUACUUACUAUCCCUGUAGUGGACUAAGACGGGUCCGUGUGUAGUUAUUUCGGUGGCAAUGGUGGAAUGCUGCUGCAUGUGCUUGCAGCAUGUCAAGUGAAAGGUGUCGCUGCGGCAAAUUCCUACGCAUCCAUGGCCAUCGAGCCACGCCCGACAAGGCACGGCCGCAUCUUGCUGGUCGGCACCGUCGCGCGGUUGAAGCCGACGUCAACGUCUCUGCACGACGGUCGCGGGCAGAGCUUGGGCUUUGAAGGCGACGCAACUCGCCUUUGGUCCCACUUCACCAUGAAGUUCACGCGAGGAAAAGAGUUGGUAGCUUUUGAAGCCGGAACUGACCCCCAUUUUCACACGUGAGCUCUGUGGCCCAGCAGAGACCAUAGCCACAUCGCCAUCAGGUUGGUGGAUGCAGGGCGUUUGUACAUAUCAAACGACACACGCGCAAGGGAAUACUGCCCGUAAGCAGCUUGCGAGUUGGAGAUGCAUUACCUUGAAGAGCUAUUACAUCCGGCCGCCAUGCCUUCCUGACUAACGACCUGACCAGCUUGCUGACAGAAAAUACCAUCUACUCGAGUCUCGAAGCUUUCCUUAUACGAUAAGUUUCUGGAAAAGUUUUAGUAACUCAGGCCGAAUUUCGGCGGCGCUAGGUCGGUCCACGCACGGGUCGCACUUGCAAACGGCGGAGCGUUAUUUUCGAGAUGCAAGUUCGAUUCCAGCGCUCUUAUCCUGGUGCUCAUGCGAGAUACCAAAGUCACUUAACUUUGCUUCCCGAGUUCAGGUCGCGGUGAUUCAUUUUGGGUCUCAAGCUAAUGAAUGUAGAUAGGCUAACGAACGCCUAGACGACGUGGAGAGCAA